AUGGACACCCAAACCUAUCCCCAUGCCCCUCCAUCUUAUCAGGAUGCCGCCGGCCCCUCCGCUGGAAUCUAUGGAACGCAAAGAACUGAAGACGAUAACGUUCCAGAUGACUUCAAGUAUGGAGGCUCCGUGGCGGAGGCAGCCAUGCCUAUUCGGAUGCAGUUCAUUCGCAAAGUAUACUCUAUCCUCACCGUUCAGCUUAUUCUCACCACCGCCCUGAGCUCCGUCUCCUUUUUCAACGCUAAAUACAAGUCCUGGGUCCAGUCGCACUCAUGGCUUAUGAUCGGAUCCCUCAUCGGAGCCAUAGUCUUCAUGCUCCUCACAUACUGGAAGCGCAAGAGCUACCCUACCAAUCUCCUCUUCCUCAGCGGCUUCACCCUGCUUGAAGGAUACGCCAUUAGUGUCAUUACCUCAUUCUACGACUCCAGGAUAGUCAUGCAGGCACUCGUCAUCACCAUGGGACUGUUUAUCGGCCUCACCCUGUUCGCCUGCCAGACCAAGUAUGAUUUCACCGGAUGGAUGCCAUACCUAUUCGGUGCACUUUGGUUCUUGGUGAUCUUCGGCUUUGUGGCGGCUUUCUUCCCAGUUGGCAAGACCAUGGACCUGAUAUACGGGGCUGUUGGCGCGUUGAUAUUCAGCGGAUACAUCCUUGUUGACACGCAACUUGUGAUGCGACACUAUCAUGUCGAGGAGGAGAUUGCCGCUGCUAUCUCGCUCUACCUUGACAUCAUCAAUCUUUUCCUAUCCAUCCUCCGAAUCCUGAACAACCAGAGCAAUAACUAG